AUGACAAAGAGCGCCACGCGGGGUUCCUCCACAGCUUCGCCGGCGGCGGCUAACGCAGCCUCAGCGAAGGAGGUGUCCAGCACGAUUGGUGAUCUUGCCGCCACAACGGCGCCGGUAGAGUGCGUGCUGCAGAUAGGCCAGCCGAGCUUCUCCACGCAGCUCGACUUCAUCAAGGUAAACCGCGCGGUGGCCUCGCUGGAGCGCGCGGUGGAGCGACUAGAGCUGCUCAGCCUUCUAGAUGCCGCCGGCCCCACCCCCGGCAGGGAGGGCAGUCACCACAAUGCGAACGGCACGAGAACUGCUUCGAGUGCAAUAGCUCUAGCUGCGGCGUCGACAGCUAGCUUUUAUCCGCACAACUCACCGCGUGGACCCGCCGUGAUGGCGGGCAUCGCCCACGACGCGAGCGUUGCCACCGCGCAGAAGGUGGCGGAGGUGCUGGCAGUCACUCAGCAGCAGCGUGACUGUGGGCACGCGUCGGUGCUCGAGUUGCUCGCGGAGCUGCGGGUGCUGGAGCGCCGCUACGGGGAGCUGUUAACCCAGGCUCAGCCAACCGUGCUCCUCCACCCUGGCGAACCGCAGCUGCAUCCCAAGUGCUUCGCACACGUCUGCGACCCGUCGAAGGCGGCUUUGCAACGAGAGCUAGCCUUGGUGUCUAACCGACUUCGAGAUACGAAUCGUCUCCUCUGUACACAGCUGCAGGACAACCCUCAAGACGCGGACAACUGGGCCAAGGUGUGCAAUGGGCGACGGGAGCUGACGGCGUUGCUGCGAGAGGCGAUCAAAGAGCUGACCGUGGGAUACAAGGAAGCCCUGCAGACCCAGCAGCUUCGACAGCAGCAGCACCAGGCAAAUGCUGUCCUCGACGGUGGUCUUCGCCGAAGCACCGCCCAGACCGGCGUCGGCGCGGAUGCUCAUUUCAGUCAUAUGGCAUUCAACGGCACUGGUGCCUCCGGACCCGCCCGCAGCGACAGUAGGCCAUCUUCCACGAUCGGCGGUGGUGCCGUCUCCACCGAAAGCGAGUCGCGGGCCUCCGUCUUUCUCAAAUGCUUUGGCAGCAGUUUGCAGCGACCUCGCGCGUCGCGAGUGGUACAGCAGGGGCCGCGCAUCCCGCUCUCCUCGUCUUACCAGCAGUUCGCCGUGAAGAUCCUGCAGGAAGAGGCGUCGCAGCGCUGGGCGGAUGAUGUGCUGGCCAAGGAGCGCGCGCUAAACCAAAACGUGAAGCAGCUGCAGGUGGAUCUUGUGCGUGAGCGUGAGCUGAAGGACAAGGAGGUUGGGGAACGCCUUUCCCGCAUCUCGACAUUGAAGGUGGAGCUGCGCAAACUGAAAACUGCCUUGCAGCAGCGCAGUGAGGCAGCCAAGGCCUGCGGCGAGGCGGCCACUGAAAACCUUCAGCGUGAGGGCGCUGCCGAGGUGCGGGACGUGAGAAAAGCAAUACAGCAGGACGAGCAGCUGCUCUCCAUCGGCGCCACAACGCACGAGGUGUUUAGCGCGUACCUACGCGAACGCACUGCCGCAAUGGAUUCGUUGGCUGGCGAGUGGGAAGCCAAGACGCUUCAUGAGCUCAAGAAGAAGGAGGCGGCAAAAAUCGACGCGGAGGGGAGUCGCCAGGCGUGUGCGCAGCGUCUCACGGACCUCGAGCACGAGCGAGACGCUCAGCAGGAGCUCAAGGUGCAGCGCGACUCUGUGCAAAAGGCGGAGGAGGACGCACGGAGGCGAGCUGAAGAGCAGCGGGACGCCGAGUACGCGGCAGCGUCGGUGCUGGAGGCAGCGCUUAAGGCCAUGAUGACGCGACAAACCAUCAGCAAGCUACAGAAGAGUUCCAAAAAGAAAAAGAAGGCGGCAAGCUAA